AUGAGGUCGAUGUACGGGGAUGACUCGACAGCGUUGCCCUUUACACCGGAGCUUUCCGACGAGUUAUGGCAAAGAGUGGUCAAAGUGUACACGGACGAUAUCGGGACUGCGCUGCCCCAGCUGCGGCUGCAGAGGCUGAUCGACCUGUUGGAGCACACAGAGUGGCUGUACGAGCUGUACCUGUCCUGCCUCGGGAAGGAUCAGAACAUGGACGCGCUAGGGUCCUUUAUCAACGGCUGCUUUUACGUCUACUUGGUCAUGCCGCAGUCGAUACAGUUCCACACCCGGAACAGAGCACAUACAGUGUACAGCGAUGUGCGGGCUCUGUAUGAGUCGCAGGUGAACAUGACAAACGUGCUUCUGAUGGUUAAAGAGGAAGUUCAGGUCGUUUUGGAGUCGCAGUGGGAUUCCGCGUCGUUGAACGAGAGGAUCCCAAGGAACCGUGCGUACUCUGUGCCAGACGAGGCACGGGUCGUCCAGAAUUUGGACAAAUUGACCUUGCAGAGUCCGACAGAAACUCGCGGUGGGAGACCCCGAUCGCAGAAGAAACAACUGUUGCAACUGCCACGGCCUGGUAACGUCCCUGUGCACAGCGAUAGCGAGUUUAUAGCAGAGCAAGGAAUCAGUUUGCACGGAGAUGAUUCAGGCUGGAGUGAUCUUGAUGAUCAGAGUUCCCCCCUGUGGAGGGCUCCACAACUCGAACCAAACGAUCAAUUGAAACUGGCCGCAGAGGUCCACGAUCUCCCGCCGGGGGCGAUUUCCCGUGGAAGUGAUGCUGACGAGGAAGAGGACGUCGACGACUUGGAAAUUGGGUACGAAGAGAUGGGAAUCUACGGAUUGGCACACCAUAGUGUGGCCCCUCCACAGCAUGCCCCCCCACCAGUGCCUUUAUCCUCACAGAGUCCAAUAACCUCAGGAGGCACUCCUGCAGCGAUAGACGAUUUGAUGAUGAGAAGGAGGCGGACGCACACUAUGACACAAAUGACACCGGCUGCACAGACGGUCCCUCCUGGAGGCGCUCACGACAGGUCCUUUAAAGAUUUCACACCGGAUAGAUCUCUAACGCACAGGAAGAAUUCUUACCACUCGGUCUACAUGCUGGAGGAAAGUGAGUCCUCACAGGGGAACCUGUAUUACGAUGAGUCUAAUGCGUACAUACAGAGUCUAGAGCGGUUGCAAAAACAGAGUAUAAUAACCGCACCGGAACUCUUCUCGAUCCUGUCAAACGAACAACAGUCGAAACAACUGCUACUGAUCGAUCUGCGGCUGGACUACAGAUACAACACGAGUAAAAUAAUAGCACCAAACACGGUCCAUAUUGAUCCCAAAAUGUUGUGGAACAGCAACUCGGGGGCCCCCAUGUAUGAGAUCACGGAGUUGGAAAGUAAAUUGAACAACCCGUUGUUCAACAGGCGCGAUGAGUUCGACUACGUGGUCUACUUUAGCGAUAUGAAAACGUUUAUGAAAUUGAACUUCGACUACCAUUUCACUUUCUUCUACCUCCUCAACACGGCAAGAGGUAAACCCCUCAAAUGCGUACCAACCGUUCUGUUGGGCGGAUACGAGAAGUGGAAGAAAGUUAUCUUGGAAUACGGCAAGCAAUACAAUAUAUGUGUGACAGACUACCUGGUAAGGAUCACGGAAGGUGAAGAUGAUACGCCUGCACGGCACGAUUGCCAAGAGUUGCCCUACCGGCAGCAGAAUUUUGCUGGGAUAAAUGGACCAGGCGCAGUGGAACCUUGGAAACCUCAUGAAGUGCCAGCUACGAUAAGGAAGAGGCCACCGCCACCGCCACCAGCGUCUGUACCCCAGUCCCCAGAUGUCGUCCCAGUGAUACCCCCCAGAAUCAUGUUGGAUUCGAAGGUGUCGCAACAUCGUGCUCCAUUUCAAAGUAAUUUGAACUUUGUAACGGGACAGAUCUUAGAGGCAGACGAGGAUACGGCGCUGCAAGUGGCACCGACGAAGAGAAUCCAACAGGAACCAUUCAGAUCGGCGACAAAUGGACUGCACGAGACGUACUCAAUACCGACAAUAGAACAAAACCCGAACAUUUAUGUGUCCUUGUCUAUUACAGGAUUGAGAAAUCUCGGGAACACAUGUUACAUCAACAGUAUGAUACAGUGUCUUUUCGCAACGAAGUCGUUCCGUAACCUUUUCAUAUCGAUGAAAUAUAAGGAGUUUCUUAAGGAGGUGGCACCAAAGCCUGGAGCAAAUGGGUCACAACCUGUAAUCUCGAGAACUUUCUACAUCCUGUUCAAAAAAAUGUAUUUGAACGGUGGGUGUUCUGUGGUUCCGAUAUCCUUCUUGAAAAGCUGCAGUCUCCUGCGUCCCGACUUCAAGAUCCCAGAUGACCAACAGGAUACAACGGAGUUUUUGAUGCUCAUCCUGGAUAGACUGCACGAUGAACUUUCAAACCAAGAUGCUGUAGUCAACGAAUACCCAGAUUUGAUUCUUUACGAUGAGAAAAAGCUGAACGUGCAGAAUAAAGAGUACAAGAAGUGGUUUGAUAAGAGUGUGAUAGGGAAUGGGUUAUCGCCUAUCGACGACAUUUUCCAAGGUCAGAUGGAGAACAGUCUUCACUGUCAAAGAUGUGGCCACUCAUCCUUCAAUUAUUCCACAUUUUACGUUCUUUCGCUGGCAAUCCCCAAAGCUACCUCGUCGACCUUUUCGAGAUCCAAGAGAGUCAGCUUGGAGGAGUGUUUGAAUAUGUACACCAGCGACGAGGUGCUUUCCGGAGAAAACGCAUGGGAUUGCCCCAACUGUUGUAAAAUAACCAAGGAUUACAAGGGCAUGGUAGAGAAGACCAAGAGAAAUAAAGCGGCCAGAGACACUCUGUCGCCUGGAUCUUCGUCGUCGAGCUCUAAGAAGGGUAAACUGUUCAGCUUCUCUUUGCAUCACAGACACCACCAUCGUUCGGAACUUGGCGAACUGAAUGUUUCCAAAAUAAACAGGUCGCUGUCUCCCUUCAGGGUGCUAGGUGGGUCAAGCAGCAAGAGUGUGAGGAAAUCCGAGGAUUCGCAUAGUCGCGCUGAUGUGGAUGCACAGCGUGACAUAGAUGAGUUGCGGGAAAUGAAGGAGGAGAUGAAACAAUGGAAAUCAAAGAAACUGUUUACGAUAAAGACCUUAAAUUUCAUCCGAAUGCCACGGACUUUAAUAAUCCACCUUUCCCGUUUCUACUACGACCUGACGAAGAAAAAUUCAACGAUCGUAACGUACCCGUUGAUUCUGAACAUAGUGUUGAAGAGCAACGAAGUAGUUAAGUACAAACUGUACGGUGUUGUGAACCACACGGGUAACCUGAUCAGCGGGCACUACACUUCUAUCGUGGACAAGCAACUGGACCACAGUUUGAAUUCGAACGGGGACGGCUGGUACUAUUUCGACGACGAAGUUGUGAAACGGGAGACCAGGCACGGAGACGUAAAGCACGGUGUGAUGAAGAUAUCUAGUAGUGACGUUUAUGUACUGUUCUACGAGAGGAUAUAG